AGCCUGGGAAAAAACCCUGCUCUAGCACUUCAAGUUUUGUGAUAUUGAAUGUUUUCAAACCUGCCUAAACAAGAGUUUUCUCCUAUAAAACAGAAGAAAUUAACAGGUCAUUGCUAUUAUCAAUUCACUUAAAAUUUCCCCUGCAGAGGAAAUGACAUACUAUUUAAGCAAAAUUCUGGCUUCACACUUGGACCUUUGUUAACCACUCUUCGAGUUUGUUCCUUGGGCUUUCUUCUGGAGGUUUGGAGAAAACAAUAAAUAAGCAACUGAGGAAUGAGAAACCACACAGAAAUAACAGAGUUUAUCCUCCUGGGAUUGUCAGAUGACCCACAGCUUCAGGUGGUGAUCUUUGUCUCUCUGCUCAUCACCUACAUGCUCAGCGUCACUGGCAACCUGACCAUUAUCACCCUUACCCUGCUGGAUUCCCACCUCCAGACCCCCAUGUAUUUCUUCCUCAGAAACUUCUCCUUAUUAGAGGUUUCAUUCACAACUGUCAGCAUACCCAAGUUCCUGGGCACCAUGAUGACUGGAGAUAAAACCAUUUCCUUUAAUGACUGCAUUGCUCAGCUAUUUUUUUACAUUCUCUUGGGAGUCACUGAAUUUUACCUUCUGGCCGCCAUGUCCUAUGACCGUUACAUUGCCAUCUGCAAACCUCUGCAUUACAUGACCAUCAUGAAUCACAGAGUCUGCAUACUCCUUGUCUUCUCUUCGUGGCUAACGUCAUUCUUAAUCAUAUUCCCCGCACUCAUGUUGCUCCUAAACCUUAAUUACUGUAGCUCUAAUGUUAUUGACCAUUUUACCUGUGAUUAUUUUCCCCUGCUGCAACUUUCCUGUUCAGACACAAAAUUCUUAGAGGCGCUGGGGUUUUCCUGCGCUGUGUUCACUUUAAUGUUCACUUUGGCCUUGAUAUUUCUGUCUUACACAUAUAUCAUCAGAACAAUUUUAAGAAUUCCUUCUACUAGUCAGAGGAAAAAGGCCUUUUCCACAUGUUCAUCCCAUAUGAUUGUCAUCUCCAUCUCCUAUGGCAGCUGCAUUUUCAUGUACAUUAAUCCAUCAGCAAAAGACACAGUGUCUCUGAGCAAGGCAGUUGCUGUGCUAAACACCUCAGUGGCUCCCAUGCUGAACCCAUUUAUUUACAGCCUAAGGAAUCAGCAAGUCAGGCAAGCCUUCAUGGACAAGGCAAGGAAGAUAGUAUUUUUCUCAAGCAAAUGAAAUGCUGUGGUGUCAUAAAUUAGACAUGCACUUGCACAGCAAUUUAAAAUAUACAAACAUGAAAUUCAAGGAACUUCUUCAAAUCACAAUGGUCUUCCUGUCAUCCUUAUACUUUUGUUCUCUGUUUUUAACAGCUUACAAGCACUAUAAUAUAUUUCCCAUUCAAUUGCAGUAAUUUCAUGCGUCUUUCUAAAGGUUCCAUUUUCUGAACACUUUGUUAGUUGCAACUUCUCGAGCAGUAAUUGUUUUAUAAGAUAAAGUUGUACUUUAAGUUUUGUUUAGGAAAACCAUUAUCAGGAAUGGAGGGGACACUGUGUAAAUAUUGUUAUGAUAUUUUACUUACUCUAUACAGAAAACACAAUUUUAUUAUUUCAUUGAUAUUUGACA